AUGGCCAAAACAGAUGUUAAGUCUGCAUUUCGCAUAAUUCCUAUUCAGCCUGCUGAUUAUUCCCUGUUAGGGACUUGUCAGAAAUUAGCAGGGGGGGAUGGGGGGGUGGGAAUUUUAAAUUUGGCUUCGGAAAUUAGGUGACCCAUCCCUGCAAUGGGAGUGAAAUUUGCUAACCCUCCCCUUGUUCUCCACGUGGGAACAAAUGAUCUGAAAACUUCAUCCUCUGCUCGGAAUGUGGCGGAGAAAAUUGUUGACCUGGGGAAUAUAAUUGCUACAAACUCUCCAAACACUAGUGUAACCAUUUCUGCAAUCACACAAAGAUCAGAUGAAGAAUCGCUCAAGAUCAAAGUAAAGGACUGCAACAAAGUUUUAAGAACAUUUUGUAAUCAGAAUGGUUGGGGCUUUGUCGAACACUUGAACAUCGACGAAACAUGUCUGAACAAUUACAAACUCCACCUUAACAAGAAAGGUAUUGCUAUUUUAGCGAGUAAUUUUGUAAAUAAUAUAGUUCAUUGAUAUGAUUCUUACUUGACUACUGUGGCGACAGCUAACCUCACUGCCACCUCUAGCGCCCGGAUCAAGUCAACUCUAAUGCCGAAGUGUCGUGGAUUUAAAAUGGCUAGUUUGAAUGUCACCAGUCUUUUGAAACAUAUUGACGAACUUCGCGUUUUUCUAAAUGAUCAAAACAUCAACGUUCUAGCCAUAAAUGAGACCAGGCUAAAUGAUAGUAUUUUUGACCAGGAGAUAAAAGUCCAGGGUUAUGAUAUAAUACGCCGUGACGGGUCAACAAAUGGCAGGUUUGGUGGUGGCAUAUGCUUUUACAUUCGUUCAAACAUAAGCUAUUCUGUACGCACAGAUUUGGACAGUGAGCUCCUGGAAGUAAUAUCAAUUGAAAUUCGUAAACACAACUCAAAACCGUUUGUUAUUACUUCAUGGUACAGACCCCCAAAUUCACUCCAUGAACUUUUCACGCACAUCAACACAUUAUUAGGCAAAUUAGAUUCUGAAAACGUGGAACAUUUUCUCAUGGGGGAUCUAAAUUGUGACUUGCAAUCCAAAGACGAUGGAAAUGUAAGAACUCUUCUGAACAUAACAGACAUUUAUGGAUUGGAACAACUCAUUAACGAACCUACUCGAAUUACACCUUCUACAAGUACUUUAAUUGAUCUGAUUUUCACAAAUCGGCCAGAGAAUGUGUAUCGUGUCUCAUGUCGCCAUAAGUGACCACAGUUUAGUUUAUGCGUAUCGAAAAAUUUCAAUUCCGACUUUCUCCAAAGGAGUUAACUUGAUAACAUAUAGACAGUUUAAACAUUUUAAUAGCGCAGAUUUUUACACGGACAUUCUAGCUCAACCUUGGGAUGAAAUAAAGCAACUAUAUGAUCCUAAUGAUAUGUGGAGGAGGUGGAAAGAAUUAUUCCUGAAUGUAUGUGAAAAGCACGCACCAACGAAGACCAAACGGACACGAGAUUCUAAAUCCCCAUGGAUAACCGCUAUUCUGAAAAAGCGGAUGAAUUUCAGAGACCGCCUCAAAAGAAAGGCUAUUAAGACAAAGGAUCCAGUUAUUUGGGACCAAUUUCGAAUAGUUAAAAAUCAAGUUAACGGGGAAAUUAAUAGUGCGAAAAAAGCUUAUUAUGAAAAUGCCUUCAACAAUUGUUGUGGAGAUCAAAGGAAAACAUGGAAAACAAUCAAUGAACUGACCUCACGAAAGUCCACUAAAACUGUUAUUAAUGAGAUGGAAUAUAAUGGGGUAAAUUCUAGAGAUCAAACGGAUAUAGCAGAAAUGCUAAACUCCUUUUUCAAAGAAAUUGGGCCAGGCCUUAGUAGAGACGUGUCAGAAGUUGAUAAAUCCUUCGAAGAAUUUCUUAUUGAAACUGAUAAAAAUUUUGUUUUUGAAAAAACAACACCAACACAUGUCUUUGCACUACUAUCAAAGCUUUGCAAGUCAAAGGCAUCUGGAUUAGAUAAUAUCUCAGCAAAACUUCUAAGGGAACGUCCUGAUGUUCUAGCGGAAUCUCUUACUCAUCUAUUCAAUCAAUCCAUAAUGACUGGCAUCUUUCCCGAUGAGUGGAAAUCUGCCAGUCACUCCAUUGUAUAAAAAUACUGGGAAGCGCUCUGAUCCGACUAAUUAUCGACCAAUAUCAAUAAUUCCAGUUGUGGCCAAAGUCUUUGAACGGAUAAUUUACGAUCAGCUUUAUCGUUAUUUAACUAACAACAACUUUCUCUCGUGCCAUCAAUCUGGUUUUCGGUCUUUGCAUUCCACGCUCACAGCACUUAUCGAAGCUACAGAUAGUUGGGCAAUGGAUAUAGACCGUGGUCUUGUUAAUGCCGUAGUGUUUUUAGACCUCAAAAAGGCAUUUGAUACAGUAGAUCACGAUAUUUUGCUACGAAAAUUGCAAUACUAUGGGAUUUGUUGGAUCAGUCAUCAAUGGUUUGCUUCUUAUUUAGAUAAUCGAACACAGAUUUGCCAUGUAAAUUCUUGUAAGUCAACUCCGAAAUAUCUAAGAUGUGGUGUUCCCCAGGGAACAAUUUUGGGACCCCUUCUGUUUUUAAUAUAUAUUAAUGACUUACCACAUUGUCUGACAUAUUCGGAACCCAGAAUGUACGCAGAUGAUACCAGCCUGACGCUUGCCAGUACUGACUUUGAUCAUAUAAAUUAUUGCCUUAAUUACGACCUGAGUAAUGUGUACGAAUGGCUGAGUGCUAACAAGCUUACCCUAAAUAUGACAAAACUGAGUUUAUGCUUAUUGCAUCAAGGCAGAAGUUAUCACAAUUUACGGAAAGUCCUUCUCUUACUAUAAACGAAAUCGCAAUAGAACAAGUAACCUCCGCUAAGUCCCUUGGAGUUUAUGUCGAUCAAAAUAUCAACUGGGAGUGUCAUAUUGAAAACAUCUCUAAGAAGAUAGCUUGUGCCAUUGGUGCAAUUAAACGAAUUUGGCAUCUCACUCCAUUUAAUGUUCUAAUUAAAGUUUAUAAUAGCCUUGUUCAACCACAUUUUGAUUAUUGUAAUGUAGUGUGGGGAAACUGUAACAAGGGCCUUUCUGAAAAACUGCAAAGGCUUCAAAAUCGGGCAGCUCGCAUCCUAAUGUCUGCGAGCUAUGAUAGUAAUUUAGAUGAUUUGUUCCGGGCACUAGGGUGGCGAAGACUCUACUAUCAAAGAUUGGAACAAAAAUCUAUCUUAAUGUAUAAAACUUUACAUGGUAUGACACCAGAUUAUGUGAGAUCAAGAUUUGUAUAUCGUGACAAUAUAAGUGCUUAUCGUCUAAGGAAUACGGAAAACAAAUUAGUUCUUCCACAACCUCGAACUGAUUAUCUUAAGAAGUUUUUUGUACAGCGGAGCUCACUUGUGGAACGACUUACCCUUAGACCUAAGACAAGCGUCUUCACUGACCGAUUUCAAACCUAAAUUAAGUUGCCACAGUUUAAAGUAAUAUCUUAAUUUUAAGUAAAUUUUAGAUACAGCCUCCAUGAAAAGCAGAUUUUUUAUUUGUUUCUUUUAUUUGAAUUGUUAUUAUUAGAUUUUAUUAUAGUUAGGAAGAUAGAUAUACCUUUAUAGAUAAUUAACAACUGAUGGAAAUACCGUGUAUAAAUAAAGUUCUAUUCCGUUACCGCACUGAGGGCUCACGUGAGAUAGCAUUGCGCCUGCGCGAACUCAGUGUGUUGCCGCCUUUGGAGCGAAUGGACGUUUGUUUUUUCAACGCGCUGAGAAUUUUAGUUUUAAGCGAUAAUUCGAAAAAAAUGCCCGAGACCUCGGAUAAAUCUGAGCUUAAGGGCGAGAAAGACAACUUAAAAAGGAAAAGUAGUGGCUCUAGAGGCGAACACAUUGAAGCAAAUGUUAGAAUCAUCGAAAGAGGGGAAGGCGCCUAUGGCGCCAAAACUGACUCACAUGGUUUACAAGAGCUGGCCACUAUGCUGAGACAGGGCUUCACCCAGAUGUCUCAAGAUUUAUCCAAGACUAUUGUUGGGUUGUUCAAACAGUUUCAGUCAGACUUUGAAAUACAAUAUGUUGACACGGAGGAAGAACAGGAGGCAAAAUCUGCCGAGAAUGACCACGAGGUCAGCGAAGAGCCCCCCACGAAGAAGAAAACUACGAGCUUAGAAGAAGCUGUGACAAAGCUGGCUGACUCAACCGGGGCUCAAAAUAUGCCUUCUAAUGAAGGAAAAUUUGAGGUACUUAACAGCUUGAAACAAGAGCUGAAGAAAGAGGAGACGGGCCCAAGUGUAAACACAGAGCUGGCAAAUGUAGUGAAUGCCAUGCUCAAAGAAGGGCUGCCUGAAGAGAAACUUCAGGAAAAGUUGAACAAGUAUCACAGACCAGAGAACUGUGAAUUCUUGACAAAAGUACGAGUCAAUCAACCAGUAUGGGACCACCUUACUCCAACAGUCCGGUCCCAAGAUGUUAGACUGCAAAAGGUGCAGACAUCCAUCUUCAAAGGAAUGUGCGCGUUGACAAAUAUGAUCGACAAACUCCUUGAGCACUUGUCGUCACUCCCAGCGGGAAACAACCUUCUUCAAAAGUCAACAGAUGCACUUACAUUGUUCGCUAAUGCAAACAGUGAACUCAAUCAAAGACGAAGGGAAUGUAUUAAACCGGAUUUACACAAGGAAUACAAACAUCUUUGCUCCUCGUCGGUUCCGAUCACUGACCAAUUGUUUGGCAAUGAUCUCCCGAAACAAGUGAAAGAAUUGACCGAGGUCAAUCGAGUGGGAAAGAAAGUCUCCACACACAGUGGUCGAUCAACGAACAAGCCUGAUUAUCACAGGCACAACUCUUACACACAUAGCCGCGGACGCUCAGGAAACCAACAUUACAGGAAGCCUUUUUUAGGCUCGUGGAAAAACGACCACAAACAUCCUCCGAACUUCAAGAGGAAGAAGGAGGGGAAGUCAAAAUGAAUCAGACUGCUAACAACGUUGAGGUAAGAAAGGUGUCAGAGCAACCUAUUAAAAUUACAGGUGGAAGACUGAAACAAUUUACCUCUCAGUGGCAAUGCAUAACCUCA